UCGGUGAACGAGCGUCUCGAACAUAGACGAUCUUUGUCCCACAACGUCUUGACGUGUCAUUCUGUGAGGGAAGUUUCCGAUCUUGAAAUGUUUCUAUUUUGAGACGGAGUUCGCAUAAUAAGGCUAAAGUAUGAUUUGCUGUUAGGCAUCAUGUCGCUGCUGCAGCGUGUCCGAGGUCAACAUGCAGUGGAGAAGACACGUGGCUGGCGUUGCGUUCACUGCUGUAUUCGUUGUAUCAUAUUUCACGAAUAAGUUUGUCCUGUCCGUGUUAAAAUUCACAUAUCCAACAUUAUUUCAAGGAUGGCAGACAUUCAUCGGGGCCGCCCUGCUUCUCCUCUGUGGGAGGUUUGGAUGGGUGGAAAUGAGCCGCAUCAGCAGAGCUUUGUUUGAUAUGUUGUUGGACAGGUCAGCGGCUCUUUCCUGGCUCCCUGGCUCCGUCCUCUUUGUGGGAAACAUAUAUGCCGGCUCCAGGGCCUUAUCGCAUAUAGACAUUCCUGUUUUCUUCACUCUGCAGAAUUCCUCACACGUUGUUAGUUAUGUUCUCUUGAAGGUUGUCAAACGAGAGAAGACACAAUGGCUGAAGUUAAUCAGCAUCUGCUUCAUGCUGCUCUCAGCCAUCAACCUCCCCUUUCAUGAUCCUCAGUUUGGCCCCAGUGGUUACCUCUGGGCUGUUGGUCAUCUGCUCUGUGUUGGGGCCUACAGGGUGUUUCAGGGUCACUACACGUCCAGUAAUUUGAGUGACCUGGAACAGCAUUGCAUCAACUACUUGUUCAGCGUGCUGCUGCUGGCCGUCGCAGCUCAUCCAACAGGUGACCUCAUGGGCGCCUUGGAGUUCCCCUCCCUUCGAUCCUACACAUUUCACUGUGGUUGCUUUGCCAGUGCACUGCUGGGUUUUAUGUUGCUGCUGGCCACAGUCAGGUUAAAAAGUGGAUGUUCCCUGGAGCACUUUGAGGUCUGGAUUUUCUUGUCCAAGAUCACUGCCAUGUGCCUCUCCCCGUUCCUCUUCUACAUGGACGUGAAUGCGUCUUCUCUUAUUUGUGUGAUCAUCAGUCACGUCGGAGAGGCGCUGCUGCUGCUCUCUCAGAGAAACUCUCGGUUGUGAUGACGUAAUUGCAGUUUUGCCGGAUUAACAUACAACUUGCACUAGAGAUUUUAUUUUUUACCAAAAAAUGUAUUUUAUUUUUGCACAAUUUUUUUUUUUCAUUCAAUGUGUCGACAAUCUGUUCAAAUAAAAUUGGAUUUUUGAA